AUGAUAAUUUACCUCUAUAAUUUAUUUUUCAAGAAUAAUAGACUAUAUGUUAAAUUCAUUAAUCAUAAAAACUAUAAUCAGUAUGUACUUAUAAAAUAAUUUUAAGAUAAUCGAAUAAAGAAAUAGUAAACUUGUUAAGUAAUUGCAAUAAAUAAAGUUUGCUGUGUGAGAAUCAAAUAAAACUAUAUGAAUUCCAAUAAGGAAUAAUAAAAUAGAUUCAAGUCUUAUAUAAACAUAAAUAUGAUGUAUGGACUUUAAAUUUCAUGAAGAAUCCAAUAAAUUGAUAUCUGGAGAUACUGGUGAAUCUAUUGUAAUUUGUUCAAGUAAAAACAACAAUUAAUGGAAUUCCCCUUACAUAAUUAAAGGACACAGUAAUUGUAUUUAUUUGCUUAGUUUUGAAUAAUAAUGAAAGUCUUUUUAUAUCUUGUAGUUAAGAUAAUACUUUUAAAUUUGGAUCAAACUAAAUGAAUGGUUUUGUUAAUAAACAAUCACUGAUCAUACUAGUUAUGUUUUAUCAAUUUGUUCAAAUGAUUAGCAAAAUAAAGUAAUUACUUGUGGAUGUUAUAAUACAAUAUUAGUAAAGAAGUAUUAUGAAUAAAGUGAAAAGAUGGAUAAUUAAAGAGAAUAGAAUUGAUGUUGAUAAAAUCUUAUUUCUUUUCUUUGUAGAAAUCUCAAAUUAAUUCUGUUAUUCUCAAUUCUUAUAAUUGUUAAGUUAAAUUUACGAAAAAAAAUAAGGAGAUUUUCUUUAAAUACAGGAAUGA